CAUGUCUUAAAUUACUAUAUGGUUCGCACGCUGAGAGGAGUAUGUUCAUGGUUUGCUUGGGGGGAGAUAGGUGAACGUUGUAGAGGCACUUCCAAGAAGGUGAGCUCAACCUCAAACCACAUUCACCACCUCUAUAAUAUCCAAUAUGGCUGAAGGAAUGCCUUCAUGGACCUCCGACAGGUUUGUUGAUAAAAUGUACAUUUCAAAGAGAAGUAUCAGGAAAAACGUAAUGAACAAAAUGCAUUACGUUUCCCACGUGCCCUCAGAGAAUGUAACAGUCAGCACUGCUUACAAAGUGGAAAGUGACUCUAACCCAUCUGAUACUGACGAUACCGACUCCCUCUCAGGUAGUAGCUUCACUGGGAUGAUUUAUUUAAACCCACAAACACCUACCUGGACUCUAGCUGAGAAGUUUACUGAACUCAACUCUGGAGAAGACAAGAGACUGUCUACCUAUCAGGACCUCUGUGGUCCUCCAGGUUCACCCACGGCCAUUGAACAUAAUAUUCCCAAUAGGAGAGGCUCUACUGGCGUGUAUGGGGUCUACUCAGACUCAUCACAACAAGAGGAAGGCAACAUCAAGAAGGUUUCUAAAAGGAGACUGCAGAGGAAAGUGUCUAGCGGGAAUCCUUCCGAUCUGAAGCUGCGUCUGGUGAGAGAGAUCAGUCCCAAACCCAACGAGGCUCCGUCUGAUGUGCGUUGUGAUGUGCGUGAGAUGUUUGAUGUGUGUGGGAAAAAGGGAAAUGGGAAGAGUGGAGUAUCACUAGUAAUUCCCCCUCCAUUAAACAAGGCUGUGGCCAUGAUUGAUGCCUGUGAGAAGAAUAAGGUGCCUAUAGUGUUUACUGCCAUGAAGAAACGUGGUGUAGAGGGAGACACAGAGAACCGGCCCUAUAAGUGCACUCACUGCAACUGGGCCUUUAAGAAGUCCAGCAAUCUGCAGAGUCAUCUGGAUACUCAUAGUGGCCUGAAGGCUCAUGUGUGUGACUUAUGCGGCAAGGCCUAUUCCCACCAGGGCACACUGCAGCAGCACAAGCGCCUGCACACCGGAGAGAGACCGUACCACUGCCCCUUCUGUGACAAGACCUACAUCUGGUCCUCCGAUUACCGCAAGCACAUCCGCACGCACACCGGAGAGAAGCCAUACGUGUGCGAGACCUGUGGCAAGGACUUUGUGCGCUCCUCGGACCUGCGGAAGCACGAGCGUAACAUGCACACCAACAACAAACCCUUUCCAUGUACGCAGUGCGGCAAGACCUUCAACAAGCCGCUGUCCCUGCUCCGCCAUGAGCGGACCCAUCUAGGCGAGCGGCCCUUCUGCUGUUCCGUUUGCGGGAAAGCCUUUGCCGUGGCCAGCCGCAUGGCAGAGCACCAGAUGGUGCACACCGGGGUGAGACCCUACACCUGCCUGGUCUGUUCCAAAUCCUUCACCAAGUCCUCCAACCUGCUGGAGCACCAGGCCGUGCACAGCGGCAUCCGCCCCCACAAAUGCUCCCAGUGCAGGGUGGUGUUCGCCAUGGUGUCUCGCUUGGUCCGUCACCAGUGCGUCCAUACCGGAGAGAAGCCCUUCAACUGCACAGGCUGCAGCAUGUCCUUCAGCCGCACAGCUGCUCUGAAGCGCCACCAGGAGCAGACGUGUGCCGGGAGGAUCUUUGUAUGUGUGAAGUGUGACAAGGCUUUUCAGUGUGCCUCUCAGCUCACUGAGCACAUGCUGAGCCAUGACUCUACUGUUGCUGAUUCUGCUGUCGGAAACACAGACGACUGAUUGAUGCUAUUGAUGUUUGGGAGCUACCCGCUCAUGUAGUACACACUGUUGGUUUAGUCAACCUUAUUGAUCUUUACAUGCUAGGGCAACAUCCUGCUAGUCUGCUAACCUUUAAGGAUCCUCUGACAAUGCAUUCAAAUGCAUAAAAAAAAAAGAUUAUAUUUAAUUGUUCUAAUGUGAAGCCUGAGUUUGGCUGGGGGAAAAAGUACAAUUGUUUAGGCAGAUGUAUGACGCUCAGAAAUUAUAUGUAGCAAAUUUAGAAAAAUGUUCGAUGUUUUUGCAUGUACAUUGAUUAAUGAAUCUUAUGCUAGUCAAAUACACAGUUGAAGUCGGAAGUUUACAUACACCUUAGCCAAAUACAUUUAAACUCAGUUUUUCACAA